ACUCGCUCCACACCCGCCGCUCCGUCGCUCCCCGCUGCCGCUCCGCUCCGCCCCGCUCCGCUCCCCGCGGGAGGCUGCGCGGGUGCCGGUGCGGUGCGGCUUCGGUGCGGUGCCGGUGCGGAGCCGUCCCGCGCCGGCCAUGGCUUAGAGCGGCCGGCCGGGGCAGAAGAGAUGAGUUUCCCAGCGGAGGACGGCGUGGGCAGCCUGUGCCACAAGGCGCUGCAGAUCAUCUCCGAGCUGUGCCUGGGCGGGCAGGUGGAGCGGGAGAAGUGCGCCGGCAUCUUCCCCCUGGAGACCGCCCGCCAGGGCAUCGGCGGCACAGACAUCUCAGUCAGUCUGUUAGCAGUAGUCGUCAGCUUCUGCGGGCUCGCUUUGCUGGUAGUCUCACUUUUUGUCUUUUGGAAGUUGUGUUGGCCCUGCUGGAGAAGCAAACCCCUCACUUCCAAUGCCAGUAAUGUCCCUCAGAGCAACUCGAGUGCUCCAACAGAGGUUUUUGAGACCAGCGAGAAAAAGGAAGUUAAAGAAAAUGGGAAACCUACAACAAAGGUACUUGAAGCUGCAUUGAAAAUUAGCCACACUUCACCUGAUAUACCAGCAGAGGUCCAGAAUGCGCUGAAAGAACAUCUGAUCAGACAUGCACGCAUGCAGAGGCAGAUCACAGAGCCCACAUCAUCAUCAAGGCACAAUUCUUUCAGGAGGCACUUGCCAAGACAGAUGCAAGUGUCCAGUGUUGAUUUUAACAUGGGGACAGAUCCAAUUUUACAAAGGGGAGAGACAACAACCAGCAUUGGAAGAAUAAAACCAGAACUCUACAAACAGAAGUCUGUGGAUUCUGACGGGCAACAAGAAGAUGUGAAAACAUGUGGAAAACUUAAUUUCACUCUCCGGUAUGAUUAUGAGAAUGAACUUCUGGCUGUCACAAUUAUCAAAGCCUUAGAUCUGCCUGCUAAAGACUUCACAGGAACAUCCGACCCCUACGUUAAGAUAUAUCUGCUUCCAGAUAGGAAAAAGAAGUUUCAGACACGAGUUCACAGAAAGACAUUAAAUCCUGUCUUUGAUGAAACCUUUCAGUUUCCUGUAGCCUAUGAUCAACUCAGCAACAGGAAAUUGCAUUUCAGUGUUUAUGAUUUUGACAGAUUUUCUAGACAUGACAUGAUUGGGGAAGUAAUUCUUGAUAACCUUUUUGAAGUCUCAGAUCUCUCCAGGGAAGCCAAUGUAUGGAAAGACAUCCACUGUGCCACCACAGAAAGCAUAGAUUUGGGUGAGAUCAUGUUUUCCCUUUGUUAUUUGCCUACUGCUGGGAGAAUGACAUUAACAGUCAUCAAAUGUAGAAAUCUCAAAGCAAUGGAUAUAACUGGCUCAUCAGAUCCGUAUGUCAAAGUGUCACUAAUGUGUGAGGGUCGAAGACUGAAAAAGCGGAAAACAACCACGAAGAAGAACACACUCAAUCCAGUUUAUAACGAGGCCAUCAUCUUUGAUAUCCCUCCAGAGAAUGUGGACCAGGUCAGCCUCUCCAUUGCAGUGAUGGAUUAUGAUCGAGUAGGGCACAAUGAGGUCAUUGGGGUAUGUCGGACAGGAAUUGAUGCUGAAGGGCUUGGAAGAGAUCAUUGGAAUGAAAUGUUGGCUUACCCACGUAAACCAAUAACUCACUGGCAUCCACUGGUAGAGUUACCUGGCCGAGCAACCAGUUUUGAUAGCCAGGGAUCUUGUUCAUCACCAAAACCACCGCUUACACCCUAGGGAACAAGAGUGGAUUCAUCAUGUUCAAUGUCCAAUGCUCCUAUGUAGCUCACAUCUACAUGUACAGAAGGUUUGGCUUCUGCAGACAAACUGCAUCCAUAUUUUUGUAUUAAAACACAUUUUUCCUAUUCUGUCAUAUUACAGUUUAUAAUAAUUUCUUAUCUUAUGAAUGAAAUUGACUUGAGCUGAAUAUAAUCUUUCUUCAUAAAAAUUCAUUCACCUGUUUUCUCUCUGGCAUAUAUCCAGUGUCAUAUUCAAGUAUUGUUUUUAUAUGACCUGUAUCUUUGCAUAGACAAAGAAAUCAGAAAAAAACAAUCCCUUAAGCAAUUCAAAACCACUGCAUAUCAUAAUGCUUAAUUCUUUUGAGGAUAAGCAAAUAGUCAUAUAUGGCUAUUGUAUUAAAUCUCUAAGUUGCACUAAAUCCUGUAUGAAUUCUAAACACUUCAAGCUGAAUAUCGCAUGAGAAAAAGAAAAUAAUAUCAACAAAAAACUAUUGUCACCUUUUUACUGUAUGGAAAACUAGUUCAUUCCUUGUUCAGGGAGACAGGGCUGAUCAAAAACCCACUGAAGCCAAGUUUACUGAGUAGGACCCUACUGGCUUCACUGGGUUUCAGUUCAGCCUUUAAGGAAGAGGUCCCACAAGUGUAUCUAUGCAGUUAUAACUUUCUAGCAAUUAGGAUACCCACUGCACCUACAGGAAAUCAUUAACCUGUCUGUCAUAACCACUAGGCAUGUGCACCCGGACAAGCAGCUGUGCUUGGCAGCUAUUUUGUUUCAGCUACCCACUGGUUGAUGAAGAGCUAGCUCAGAUGUCUGCAUGGUACUGAACUACACAUCUGAACGUAUCACUGUGGACAGUAAAUGUGUCUACAAGAAGCUAUGUGGAGGUUGAUAUAGCUCCACAAAGAUGUAGUAGGUGUCUCCUUAUGAGGUGCAUCUAGCCCCUUCAGUAAAGCCUGUUUGCUGUGGGCAUCACGCAGUCCUUUUUCAGUCUUUAUUCAGGCCAAACCGUAGAUAAGAAAAUGCUCUGAAAUAGAAGAAUUUAUUUAAUGAAUUUUAGUAUUCAAAAACUUGAACAAAAUUUUCAGUUACACAAAACAUUUUUCUCAUUCUUGACUUAAUAUGACAGUGUUAGUUUUGUUUGAAGUUAUUUUGACUGAGUACAUAGCUCAUGUGGGAUAGUUUCUGGUCCCUGGCUGGAUGCCUCAAAUUAGAUGUCUAAUAUGAAUUUGAAAUAUGUUUUGUGUCAAUAUAUAUGGGAAAAAAAGAAAAAAAGAAAUGUAACAAUUUUAUAAACUAGUAAACUUAUUCAUUAGAAUACAGAGUGAGAGCAAAUACAAAUAUAUAUGUAUAUAUAUAUAUAUAUAUAUAUUGCCUGAAGUAAGAUAAUUUAAAAAAUGGAAGAGAAGUGCAUAUUAUUUUCUGGAUUUAACUCUUCCUAUUAUAGAUUAUCUCAAUCAGAUAUUUUUUCUUCCCUUCUUUUUUUUUUUCUAUGAAGAGCACAGAAAAGACUGAAUGAUUGGGCCUGAGAUUUUGAAAGCUGAACUGCAACUAGAAAAAAUUGGGUUGGUGGCUCUUUUUGUAUCUUUAUAACAUAUAAAGAAACAUGUGAAGAUAGUAUUUUCCAAAAUGUUACAGAGGAGUCAUACAAGAGAAAAAUGGAUUAUUUUACAAUAAUGGAAAAAAAUGUGGGAAUUAAUCUAGCUUUGAAUGGAAAGGGGGUCUUAGACAGACUUCUAAAGAACCAUUUGGGGCUGGUUAGUUUGGCCUGGUUGACACAGAAAACAUUAAUAAAGAUCCAGCUCCUCCCAUAACUAAUCCCUAAGACAGUCAGUUGUACUCCAAAGUGUCUUGACUGCUCUGGGAAAGCUGGGAAGGCUGGUCUUUACAUUCCAGGUGUUUCUAAGGAAAAAAAAAAAAAAAAAGAAAAAAAAAGAAAAAAAAAGAAAAAAGAAAAAAAAGAAAAAAAAAGAGGAGUCAUGUAAAACAAUUUUGUGCACAUACAGAAAGCAAAACAAACUAAUAAACAAAUAAAGUUUUCAGGCAUUCUUUACAUAUUAAUGAUAAUAACAAAAAAAGGCUCCAACCCAAGUUUUUGAAUGUCUGUUCCAGGUUGCUUUUCAUGGUUUCUAGACAGGUUUCCCAGAGACGGUUGGUAAUGCUGAAUACUGGUCCUCCCUGAUUAAGAUUGUAUUUUCAACACCAUAACUACAGAGCAACCUUGCAGAAUUCAUUCCUCCAUUUGCUCCAGGUGACUAAUAUUUUAAAUAGGAGAAUAAGAUCUCCUUUCUGUUUUGUUGUUAUUUUUUUCUCCUAUCAUCAUCUUCAUGAGAUUUUGUGGCCUGGAUCAUUCUCACAGUGAUUUUGCAAGGUUCUUAUACGUACAUAAAUAUAUAUGUUGAUAUAGAAAAACUAUUUUGUGUAUACAUGUAUCUUAAUAUAAAUUACAUCAGCAGUGGCCUUUGUGGCCUAGAAAAUACUUUUUGUAAUGUGGUACUGUAACAGUUGACUAAAUAUUCUUUGCACUUUUUUGCACCUAAUAUCCAAAAAGUUAACAAUUUCACAAUCAAAUGUAGCAUAAGUGUUCAGCAAUGAGCAACAUCUUUUUGACUUUUUCAUUGUCCUCUAUGAGUACGUUUCAUCAUAAGUAGUAUGAUAUUUCAACUGUCAUUUCCUUAAAUUUAAAUUGUUGACAGACGCCAAAGGAAUAAUAGCUCACUAUGUGCCCUGUUCUUGAUUUUGUUGUUGUUAUGUUAGUUUUGCUUCUGUUUGGGGGGGGGGCGAGGGGGGGAGGAGGUUGGUGGUUGGUUUUUCUUUCUUUUUUUGUUUGUUUUUGUUUUUGUUUUGUAUUGUUAAUAAUAAUAGUGAAUGACUUCUGUGUCUAAACUUGAUUUAUGGGUUCUCUGCAUAUAUGAAAAAUCAGGCUGCAAAAUUAUCAGAACAUCUACUUUCAAAAAUUAUCGCCUGGUUGAUUCUUAUUAAUCCCUUUUCAGAGAUUAAUAGAAUUAAUGCAGAAGAUUAUAAUUUUUCAUUUUUGCUUCACUAUCUCAUAAGACAGGGUAUAUAUUUAGUAUAACCUGUCCAUUGGCUUUGGAGCCUGGUUCACACAUUACUCUAUGAGUGGACUCAUAGAAGUACCUUUAAGUAAAAGCUUAGCACAGUUUGUCAAUUAAUAUGUUGCUUUACGAAUCUCUUUAUUAAGACAUGUAAAAUGUUUUAAUUUGCAGAAUAGUUGUAAAUUUCCUGCUUCCAUACUGAAUAUUUAUUUGUUGUUUAUCCACAUUUCUGUCAUAUCACAAACAUUAGCAUAAUUUGAGAGAAAUCAAAUUUGGAAAACGGUGUAAAAUAUAUUGUAGCAAUUUUACAAGAGUUUGAAAAACUCACAUUCCUGAGGCUAACUCACAAGCCUGAGUUAUUUUUAUUGAAAUGUUUUGCUGGAUACAGUAACUGUACUUAAUAAGAAUUGUAUUUUGCACUGCAGAGCUUUUUUGUACUUUCACAACAGUAAACCACAGAUCUGUACAGCGAAAGUACAUGAUGGAUUAAGUGGUUUCAGGGGAGCUGUUAAAUUUUACAUUUAUUUUCAAUAAUGCACUGUAAAGUGAAAAAAGCCCACAUACAAAUGUAUCUAAUGAGCCAUUCUAGUCUUUUGGGUAAAUAUUGUUUUCAAACUGCUUCCCUUCCUCACAUUAAAUAAGUUUUCAGGGACCAUUAGAUUUGCUCUGAGCAACCAUAAAAUUGUUAUUAGGUCUAUGCAAAAUAUUAAGUAGGACCCUAAAACACAGGUAGAUUUAGGAUUCCAGUGAUACUGCAGACAGUAGCAUAGGUUAGCAGAUAUUCAGUAAAGUGUAGGUCAUAUAUUGUACUCUAUGAACUCAAAUUUGGAUGACUGUAUUGUAUCCAUCUGAUGAUAUGGGCCUUCCUCUCACUCUCUCAGCAAGUGACUAUCACUUUUCCCACCGUCUUUUUUCUAUAUUGGGUUUCUGUUCAAGCAGCAGAGACUUGACCUUUAUUUUUGUCUGUGCUGCUAAAAGACGACUUCUGCCUUAAAAUGCAGUAAUAUGAAACCUGUGAGGUAUAGGAUAGCUAAAUCUCUCAUUUUCAUUCUAUGAAGAACUGUCAGGGAAGUAACUUCCAUGUUCCACAGUCCCUUACGAUACCCGGAAGUUUAUGGAAUCAAUGAUACUGUCUGGUUUUUGGCUUCCAGCAAGCACUGAGGGCAAUAUAUGUGUCUCAGGGAUAUGUAUAUUGUCUAAGGACAAAGAAAGUGUCCAGAAUCAAUAAGAUAAAACUAGAGGAUCAGGACAAAAUUUCCCCUGCAACAUUUCUUUUUCAAUAUAUGGAAAUGUUUUAACUUCAUAUUUUUACAAAAUAUUUUUUUUCUUAAUGAAUCACAACAACUUUAUUCAAUAUUUUUGAAGAAAAUUUUGAGCAAGCAUGAAAUGUUUUCAUUGUUUUUGUUUUUGUUUUUGUUUUUGUUUUUGUUUCUUUUUUUCCAAAGAGAAAAAGCAAUUACUUCCUAUCUUCUUUCUAUAGAUACAGUUUCGGAGCAAUAUUAAGAAAACUAAGUUUCCAAAAACCAUUUAUUCAAUCUAACCAUUUCUCCUAAUUUUCCGUUUUUUUUUAUUGGCUUCUAUUUAAUCCUUUUGAAAGUUUUUAACAUACACAGCACAUGCAUGAUUCUUUGGUUCCCAUAUUAUUUUUGCUAUAUUUUUUAAUAAAUUAAGUGAUUAUAUCCAAUGAACUUUUAUACAUAUUAACUUUUUGUCACACUAUCAAUUAAUUUGAUUAAUGAUCUUAAAAGCUUUAUACAUCAGUUUCUGAAAUCAUUUGACUAUAUUUUUUAAUGUGUAAAAAUUUUAAAGUAAUUAUUUUAGUGAGUAACUAUUUUAGAACUCCGUAAUAGAAUUCUUCUCCUGCUGAAAAUAUUUUUUUCAGAGAUCCAUAAAUGUGCCUGCAAAAUUUGAAGAUGUUUUUAAUAGAGAAUGCAAAAGCUUAGAUUUGCACAUACAAGUAUUUGCACUUGCAAAAUGUAUAAUCAUUAUUUUUUAGCACUUCUAUCAAAACAAAACACCCACACCUUAUCAGAAUAGUUUUCAAUUCAUGAAAAGUACUGGACAAAUCUGUGCUGAGAUAUAGUUCUUUGACCUAAAAAGUUCAUAUGACUCUAUUUCUAGAAAUAUGAAAAAUCUGUAUGUGUUAAAAUAUGAUCUAAGUGAGAUAACUUUUAGGCAAAGCUUAUAUAAUAUCUGUCAGACCAUCCAAAAUACAGAUAACAUACAAUAUAUAUGACAGGAAUAUUAAUGCAAGUUUUGAUGGAAAAUGUCCUCUCUCAUUCACAGCACUGCUGAGACUCAGUUUAAGCCUUUGCUCAAAAUUCACUUUCACUUGUCUUCUGAGGCUUGUCAGUCUAAACCAAGCUCUCUGGUGUCAGAAAACAGAUUGUGCCAGAGAGCAGACUGCAGAGCUGAGAAAGACAUAGGAAAAUGUGGCAGCAGAUGCACAGCUAGUCAGUUCAACUACAAAUGCUCUCAAAUGAAAAACUUCCCUUCAAAACUGAUGGUCAUCCCAAUAUUUAUAUCACUUAUCCUUUCGUUAUGUACUAUAAAGCAGGAAGAAAGAGGGAGGUACCUGAAGAAAAGUUAGCAUUAAGUGUAGGAAUUAAUUGAGGUGCUUAGCAGAGUAAUUUUCUGUGUCCAAGGUAAAUAAUAUUUUAACUUCAAAACUGUCUUUUGUUUACUCACCCAAAUGAAUUAAUGCCUCAUACACAAUUCCCCUUUUCCUUAGUCCUGGCUGGAAAUAAGCAGUUUUGUAACAGCACACAACAAACCAGGAGCUGGAGCCCUAAGAAAAGAUGAAGCUGCAUGUGGGAUUUAAAUAUCACAGGGGAAUCUGGCCAGAAAAUGAAACUAACACCUUCAAUUUUGUGCUAAGUGCUAGGGGAUGCUUGAUGAUAGUAAGUGCUCAGGACUGUGAUUUUAUAUUUCAUCUGAUAGCACCUCUACAGUGUUGCUGUUGCUGGGAAACCUCUUUGAGUCUUUAUUGACUCAAAGAAGAGAAUGCCACUGGUAUUUCUAAGUAAAAUUUUUACACUCCAUUAUAGACCAUGACUCUUACAUUACAUGGAACUCAGUCUUAUGAAAGAUCACAAAGCAUGUUAAAUUUGCAAAACAGAAAAAAAUCAAUUCAGGCUGUACCAUCGUAAGGACUAUUCACUUUGUUGAUAAUAAGGACAAAAUUUGGUGCCUUACUGAUCCAAGAGAGCAUUUUCAUGAGUGCUCUAUAGUGCUAAGUUUAUGGUGGUGAACUGUUUUAGCACUGUUGAAGAGCCUCACUAUCAACGCUGGAAAAAUAAAAUUAAUGAAUGUAAAUACAGGCUAAAUAGAUUAUCACAAUACCAAAGCACUAUCUAGUGGGGAAGACAUAAAGACUCUCUAAUAUAUAAUUCAUUACUGUGUUCUGAAAGCUGGAUCAGUAGGAAGUCAGAUGGCUGUUGUGAUGAAAGUGGAUCUUCUCUGUAAUAAUUUAUGAAUACAAUAUGUUGACUUGUCUAUUGGUCUCAAAUUAGGGGAGUUCAACAGAUAAGAUUCAGGGAAAAAAGAAUACGGAGAGAAUGCUUGUCAGUGGCAUGCCUCUUAGAAGAACGUGAGAUUUUCAAAACGUUAAUAUCUGUCCUGGUGGACCAGGAGAUUUGAUUGAUGCCCCAGCCAGUCUGAAAAAUGCAUCUCACCUAAAAUGGUGACAGUCCAAGCAGGCAAAGGAAAAAAAUAUAGAUAUGAAAGAUCAGGAGAUCUGUUUCAGAACAGGCAAGAUUUAUGUCUAAGCGGGUUAAGAUGCAAAGCAUUGCUAAAUUUUAUGAAGAAAUUAGGCUGGAUUAGACUCCCAUUAAUGGAUGGGAAAGCUUUAACAGAGCGGAUAUACAUAUUUAGACUGUUAUUUUCAAAUCCAUUUCUUUGAAAUAUUAAAGCUUACAUAUUUAAGCUUAAAUAUUUAAAUCACAUUCUAUAUUUAAUUAAGUGGAGUAUUCACAGCCUCCCGAAAAGAAAAGUUGGAAAUCCAUUCAGACUGUCCAGGUUAGCACAGUGUCCCAGAGCCCAGAAUAAUUGUGAGAAUUGUGAAAUCCUGCCUCUCCCCUGAAGUGGUGAAGUCAGGAAGCCUGACAGGAAAGGAGAUCUGAAAACAGACCAAGGAAAAAAUAGGGGUACAUCCAUUUCAUGACAUCUUCAGAGCUUAUAGAGAACUUUCCCACUCAUUUAUUACACAGGGCAUAUCAAUACAGUGACACCAACAUGUUUUCAUGACAGCAACCUAGCGUUUAUACAGCAUUUUACUCUCCUUCAGAAUACAAGCAUGUUUUGGAGAGAUUACUUUUUAAAAAUAGUUUGGGACUUUUGCAUACCUAAGACAUUCAAACCCUUGAAGUAAAAUAAAUCUGUCAAUGCAUCCACAUAUAAAAAAAAUAAUAAAAAAUAAUAAAAAAGAUGUAAAAUAACUGUAUGGAUUUAAGACCAGAUAGUUUGAGACCUCUCAGAGUUAAAAGGAAAGGCUGUGCUUCCCAUUCUUAAACAGUCUUUUUCUGUAGGUGCAGACUUCCUACUUGUGUAAUACCUGCAUAAUCCCUGCAUAAUCCCUAGUAUCAGAGAUAUUCUAAAAAAUGCUUGUCAACAUAACAAACAGACAUUUUAGGCACAUAACAUGACCGUCACCAAAAAGGAACCUGCAUUUUGGGACAGUUUGCAGAUAAAUUUCAGGGAAGGAGAGAUUGUGGGCUAUUAGCAGGUUUUGUGAAGCAGAUAUGCUUAUAUAAAUACAGUCUCCAGGAAGAGAGAGAGAAGGGGUUUUGUUUAAUAUGCUGUGAGUUGAGACUGAUGAUUGCAUUAGAAGUGAAGAGUAACGAACAAGAAGAUAUUUAAAUCUUGUGUGACAUCUGAGUCAUGAACACAAGAGAGGAGAGGAGGGAGAAAAACCUAUUAAGCAUGUAAAGAGCUUUCUAGAACAAAAAAAUAAAAAAAAAAAAAUAAAAAAAA